AUGGAACCGCGAAAUCAAGAUUCUUCGGCCAGCACCAAGACGACGCCGUCCUUAACAAAAGAAGAUCUCGCAGAUGGAGGAAAUGCCGAAGUGGCACCCAAUCUUGUGGAUGAAUAUCCUACCGGCUCCCGUCUAGCUACGAUCGUGGUAUCGCUGAUGCUUGCUAUGUUCCUGGUCGCACUUGACAACACCAUUCUCGGCACGGCUAUACCUAAGAUCACGGACGAGUUUCACGAUUUGAACAAAGUAUCGUGGUAUGGAUCUGCAUACCUCAUGACAUUUGGUGGUGGGGUUCAAUCGACGUGGGGAAAGGUUUACAAAUACUUCUCAAUCAAGAUUUGGUUUCUCGCUGCCCUGUUCACCUUCGAGGUAGGAAGCCUCGUUUGUGCUGUCGCCCAAAAUCCUACAACUUUGAUUGUUGGCCGAGCCAUUGCAGGAUUUGGUGGCGCCGGUGUAGCUGUCGGAAUAUUUACUAUCCUGGGAUUUGCCGCACCUCCUGAGAAGCGUCCUCAACUCCUGGGAUAUACAGGAGCCACUUACGGCAUAGCAGCGGUGUUGGGACCCCUUAUCGGCGGUGCUUUUACUGACAGAGUAUCUUGGCGAUGGUGCUUCUACAUUAACUUGCCGAUCGGAGGACUUGCCGGUGCAAUUAUCCUGUUCUUUUUGAAACCACCAGCUAGCGCGGCACCUGUCCAAGCAUCGAUGAAAGAAAAGUUCCUCCAAAUGGAUCUUCUGGGUGCUGCUAUGAUGAUGGGCCUGAUCAUCUCGUAUAUUUUGGCCUUACAGUAUGGCGGCCAAACUCAUGCUUGGAAUAGUAGUCUUGUUAUUGGUCUUCUUGUUGGUUUCGUCGCCAUCCUCUUGGCCUUUAUUGGAUGGGAGCUUUAUCAAAAGGACUAUGGCAUGAUAGUUCCACGCCUGUUCGCUAAGCGAUAUGUCUGGACCGGCUCUGCCUUCAUGUUCUUCUUUGGCGGCGCAUACUUUACACUGCUUUACUACCUCCCGAUAUAUUUCCAAAGUGUCUAUAAUAACAGUGCCAUUGGCUCUGGAGUCAAGAUGCUCGCUAUGAUCCUCCCACUGACAUUCGGAGCCAUCAUACAAGGCGUGGUCAUGUCCAAAGUCCGUAUCGUGCCGUUGAUUUGGAUCUUCGGCGGCGCGUUGGGGACGAUCGCAUGCGGUCUAUUCUAUACGAUGGAUAGCCACACUUCCACCGGCAAAUGGGUAGGUUAUCAGAUCAUCGCUGGCUUUGUGUGUGGCUUGAUAUUCCAGGUGGCCCUUUCCAACGCUCAAGUUCAUGCUCCACCUGAGGACAUGUCGCAGACUACAGCUAUUGUUAACUUCUUUGUGACCAUCGGCGGAGCCUUCUUUCUCUCGGCAGCACAGUCGGCGUUCAAUAAUCGGCUGCUCGGGGAGCUCGCAACCAAGCUUCCUGACUUUAACGCAGAGACAGUUCUUAGCACGGGAGCAACUCAAAUUAGAACUGCCUUUACAGAAGCACAGGUACCCAUUGUUGUUGACUCGUACAUGGUUGGAUUGAAGGCUGUGUUUGCAAUUACAGUCGGCGGCUUCGGAAUAUCCACUUUGGUUGGCUUCCUUGGAAGCUGGAAGAAGCUUCACGCUGAUGACCUACAGAAGGCUUCGGGUGGUGCAGCAUAG